CCUUUAGGAUGAUGUUUACGAAUAUUUUGGUCGUGAUCCGUCAUCAAAAGUAUAUUUUUGACUUUUGGAGGUAUGCUCCUUGCCUUGCACAAUUUUAGUCUUCAUGCAAUAAACGACGUUCUAUCGGGUAUCGAUGAGCGACCGAAGUGAUAACGCAAAACAUCAGCAGAUACGUUAUCAAACGAAUCCAACGAAAAUGCCGGAACAAGAUUUGGGCCCCCGAAAGACACUAUUCGUGCUAGUGAUUGUUGUCGGGUGUUUCGCAGUUCUUUGGCCCAAAGUGUUCUACCCAAUGUUGGUGGGGCCUACAAAUCAACGCAUGAAACCAAAUCACUUGGAUAAAGGCUGCUGUGAUGUUAUUUCCGAUAUUGACGUAAACACUAUUAAGAUUAUGACGGAGCUGUGUAACACUAUCAUUGAACAUUUAGAAGAGAAGCCUGUCAAAGCUCAAGAUGUAAUAAAACAGUGUCGCACUGAAAUCUACAAUAAGUGCGGAAUAGAUAUUUCGGCUGUGCUACAGGAACAAGUACGACUCGGCCGCUCGUUUAAACAAAUCGUCGACGAAAUACGAUCAUUUAACAGUUCCUUUUGUUUAAAAUAUCAAUUUGGACUCUCUCCUUCAAAAUUAGGAAUACCGCACAGAAUCGCUAUUAAUUUAUCUCCAGUCUAUGUGAAACAAGAACGCCCGUCACAUUUAAGACCCGAAAUGUUACAUCCUGCUCUCCGUGAACGUGGCAGUGCCAUUGUGCAACCUUAUCAACCACCAGUAGUGAAACCUGGACAACCCAAGUUUGUUGAUGGAAGGCCUGGUCCAGUUCCUGGAAUUCGUCCUCCAAUGGGCGGAGCUGGUCACAUGGUCCAUUCUCCAAAGGGAUCCAAUUCAAUGGGAGUCAUAAUGCCUAUCUAUACAGUCGGUAUAGUCAUAUUUUUCUCCUACACUUUAAUGAAGUUACUGUUUAAAAAGAAACCCGAAGGUCCUGGUGCGCCUCUAUAUCCCCCUGUAGAGCCAUCGCUGACAUUCAAAAAGGAGGUGUUCGAAUUACAAAAAAGCAAACCUCCGCAAGGACCUUUAAUAGGCUGGAGAGAAAGAGAUGCAAGAGAUGAAGAAUUGGAUCACUUACGGCGACGCCUUCGUGAAACUGAAUUAGCGAUGGAGCGCAUCGUAGUCCAGAUGGCGCAAGUACCACUUAGGUCACAGAAGGAAGAUGGAGAGUUGGCGAAUGGCUGCGCCAAGCAACCGCCUGAUCACGAACAGCCCUCCGUAAAAAUAUUGGGCAUGGAAAUGACGGCGAGUUGUGAGGGAGGGCAAAAGUGGGACAGAUGUGAAUCUCCCGUGAUUCCAAAGUCGCAAGCGCCUCCAGAACCAACAGAACCGCCACAAGAAAUUUUCCUAGGGGGCAUUUUACCAGCACAAUCGCAACUGUUGGUAGCCGAUUCCACAGUUGAAGAAGAAACAAAUUCGUUAAGUUCGUCUGCAGAUCCGCCUGUAAUUUUGGCCAGCAAAAUGACACUGUCCGUGAUUAGUCUAGAUGCUCCAGAGAAUGAGGAAGCGCAUGUAGUAGAGGAUGUUGUUGAUGAAUCAAAGUAUACCACUGCUGCUGCAGGAGACAUAUCAGAUGAAGAAGCAAGUGAUAUUGUUGACGAAAUUGAAAAAAGUACCAAUCAGGAUGAUGGUGCAAAGAAGGGAGAUGAAAUCACAGAAGCUCCUUUAUUAACACAACUUAAUGAUAUAAUUAGCAGUGAUAUAAACAAUGCAGUCGAAAGCGUGCUAAAUGAUGGCCUAAUUAAAAAUGUGGAGAGUGUAGACAUAGUAAAUACAAUACAAGAUGAUGAAAGCCCAAUUGUAACAGCACUCAAAGAUCAACUUAGCAAAACUACUGAAGACAUUUACGAUAGUUUAAUUGAAAGUGUAGGCAAUGAUACGAAGCAAGAUGAAGACGGUACGAUAGAUAUCAACGAACAAAUCGAUAUGAGCCAACUCGAAGAUGAAGUUAGAAAAGUGGUAGAUGAUGAUAUACAGUAUGUUUCGAAAGUGGAAAAAGAUCAAAGUGAUGUAGAGAAUAAAGUAGAUGAGGAUGAUGUUCAGAAAAUGGAUUUGAAUGAUGAAGGAUCUGAAGAAGAAAAUAGUGACAUUGAGGAAGUUGAGGAUGGCACCGAUGCCAACUCUUUUGAUGAUGAAAUAGAGGAGAUUAUUAUAUUUGAGGAUGAGAUAGACAUGAACGAUGAUGAAGACAGAGUGUUCAUAUCACAUGAAUCAGUUCAGAAUAUUGGAGAUAUUAUUGACGAAAUUAUUACAGAUGGAGCUCGAAGACUGGAAAUUGUUAACGAUAUUGACAACAAUGAUAACUUAGAACAUUCCGUUGAUCCUUUUAAUGAUCAAGGUGAUGACAAUUCGGACGUAAAUAUGUCCAGAAAUAAUAAUCUUGCCUCUGACGUAUCAAACUCCUUAGGUCAACAUGAUGAAGUUCGAAAUGAUACUAAAGGAGAACAAGAAAAAGAUUGUGCCAACUGAAUGAUUAAACAUUUAUAGUGAUGAUAUUUAUCCAUAACUACUGUUCCUUUAUCAGGGUAUUUGUACUAUAAUGCAACAUUCAUUUUAAACAACAAUUAAGGACCUAAGUAGAAGCAUAAAUUUAACAGUGCGCUUUUUGUUCAAAUGUUCCUAUCUAGAAAACAUAAUAUUUGGAAAUUUAUUGAUAAAAGCAUGGAUAGACCACACUCCUACUAAUUUUAUUGUUGCACCUCCUAAUGAUAAGAAUUUAUUAAAUAACUGAUACUUUUUAUUGUACUUGCCAAUAGUUGUUGCAUGUUUCGGAGUUGUUUUGUGUUUUCAGUAAAUAUAAUAUGCAACUACCUACUUAAAAGCCUUGAUAAAUUCAGUGUUUUAAUAAACAGCACAAAAUGAGUAAAUAUGCCUAUAAGAUCAUGUCACUUGUUGCGUUGAUUUUAUUUCCUUUUAGGUGUACUUCUAAUAAAUACUGUAAAUCAU